AUGAGAAAAUCAUUCAUUGCUGCAGCAGCUGCUGCUAUGCUCACCUCUAUGGCUGAGGCUCAGGCUUUCACUCUCAAGAUUCGGUCUGCUUCUGAUAGUCUAAACAACGUCCCCUUGGUCGCCUGGAACGGUAUAAUAAUCGCAGAACGUGGAGGUAAUAGCACCACCGCGACUUGUCCUCCCUGGGACAGCAACUGCCCUGGAAAAUCCACCACCAUCUUCUCAGGACCGACUGUUGACGGCGCUCCGAGUCAAAUGUGGAUGGGUAUUCUCCAGGAGCACGGCCAGCGUGUCUACACUCACGAGCCCCCGAAGGAUCUUGGAUUCUCGGACUACGGCGACCUAAUCAGCUAUACAGCGGCAGGCAAUGAUGACCAAGUCGUGGUGUUCUUACAACUAACGUUUGAUAUCUUGCUGAUUGUACCUUCGCCUUAUAGNGUGGACUCAUUCGGCGAUCUCUGGAACAUCGUCACAAUCGACAACGAUGAUGGUGUGCUUGGCUCGAAGAGAGGUGACCGUGUCCUUGCCGUCGGACAUAACGGUCCUUACGCCUUCGAUAUUUGCACCGAGUUGCGCAAUCCCUGGGGUGGAGAAACUUGGAUUCUCUCCACCGUGUCGAAAUAUUGCACACCUAUCCUUGUUGUUAUCGAGGAGACGGAUGUAGCUGCUCCCCAGUUUUACAACUGUGAUGGUUGCGAGUUGAGGGGAAAUCCUGCUAAGGAUGGCCCUGCUUGCCGUCCUCCGUUCUGUGGCAUGUACAACUACUGGAUCUAA